GACUGGACCAGAUUCGCUCUUUGAAGACGCGACAGCACCCCCAUCAUGGGCAAACUCGUCCGUCUUGAAGUCAAGGACUUCAAAUCCUAUCGCGGCCAUCAUGUCCUGCUCUUUGGCGACUCGUACUUCACCUCCAUCAUCGGCCCCAAUGGCUCUGGCAAAUCCAACUCUAUGGAUGCCAUUUCCUUCGUCCUAGGCAUCAAGUCAAGUCAUUUACGCUCUGCACAUCUCCGCGAACUUAUCUAUCGCCCUCAUGUUCUCGGCGCCUCCAAGAUCAACGCGGACGGCACUGCCACCGAAGCUACAAACGGGGAUGGCGGCGAAGCAGGGUCGCAGACAACCAGUCAGCGCAAUACCCCGCAGUCCGCAUGGGUCAUGGCUGUCUACGAGGAUGAGGCCGGCGACGAGCAGAAGUGGAAGCGGACAAUCACCGCCGCCGGUCAAAGCGAGUACCGAAUCAACAAUCGCAUCGUUACUGCCAAGGAGUACAACCAGGCUCUCGAGGAGGAAGCUAUCUUGAUCAAAGCCCGCAACUUCCUUGUUUUCCAGGGUGACGUCGAAGCCGUUGCCUCGCAGUCCCCCAAGGAUCUUACUCUUCUGAUCGAGCAGAUAUCAGGCAGUCUGGAGUACAAGAACGAAUACGAAAAGCUGAAGAGGGAGGCGGCGGAAGCACUCGAGACUCAAAAUGACAAACUCGGCCAGCGUCGUCAGGUCAAUGCCGAUAUCAGACAUUUGAGACAGGCAAAGGAAGCCGCUGAGGAGUACGAGCGCAAAGCUGCCGAGCGCGACCAGGCCGUUAUCGAUCACUAUCUAUGGCGGCUAUUUCACCACGAGCGCAUCAUUCGGGAGUCUGGCGAGGACAUCCAAAAACAUCAAGAUGAGCUCAAAGAGCAUAGGCGCGGCGUGGAGAAGUAUCACCAAAAAGUCGAGGAAGCAAAGCGAGAGCAAGCUCAGGCUACACGCGAGGCAUCGAAGACCGAGAGAGCUAUCAGGGGCAAAGAGCAGGAAAUCGAAACGGCCCAGAGGGAUAUAUAUCCGAUCAACUGGAAGAUAGAAAAUACCUCCAAAAAGGUACAGGACACACAGACACAGGUGUCCAAGAUCAAAGCCGAUCGCGAUAAGCAGGCGGGAACUAUCGAACACUACAAGAAGGAGAUCGGCAAAGUCAAGAAGGCCCAGGAGAAGUGGGAAGCUGAUUGGAAGCAACAGAACCAGCGCGAGGGCCGAGAACCGACCGAAGCAGAUCGCCAGGAGUACAACAGACUGAAAAGCGAGGUCACGAAGCGGACUUCUGCAGAUAAGGCACAGGUGAAUGAUCUCACCCGACGACUCAACACUACCGAGGACACUGUCAAGAAUCUGAAGAGCAAGCUUGAAGGUCCUCAGUCUCAAGCCACAAAGCUUGAGGAAGACAUUGCAGAGUUGGUUGAUCGUCAGGCAGCCAUCAAGGCAGAAAUGAAGCAGAUACAAGCGGAGAUGAAGGAGCAAAAGAUUGCUAGCAACAAGCUCGAAACAAGCAUAACCCAGAUCAACAACAGAAGCGCCCAUCACCGCGAUUUGUUAAGAUUGGCAAUGGACGAAUACGGGCGGGUCGAUCACAGCCGCAGAGAGUCCCAGAAAGAAAAGAAUCUCCGGGAGAUGGUCGCCAAGUUGAAGCAAAUGCAUAGUGGCGACGUACAUGGCAGAAUCCAAGAGCUAUGCAAGCCCAAGCAAACCAAGUACCAACGAGCUAUCGGUGUUGUUUUCGGAAAACAUGUGGAUGCUAUAGUAGUCAAGAACGUCAGCAUUGCGAAUGAUUGUAUCAACUACGUGAGGGACCAGCAACAUCCUGCGAUAACUUUCAUCCCGCUGGACACCGUACAGGUCUCGUCGGCCAAUACCAAUCUAAAGGGCAAGUAUAAGGGUGUGCGCUUAGCGAUCGAUACCAUCGACUACGAUACCCGAUUUGACCGAGCAAUGCAAUGGGCGUGUGGUAACUCAAUCAUUUGCGAUACACGUGAUAUCGCCAAAGAUAUGCAAUAUGUCCACAAAGUCGGCGGGAAGGCCGUAGACCUAGAGGGCACCGUUUUCAGGUCAGAGACUUUGGAGGGAGGACAAGUGGAUGACAAGAAUGCAUCCAAGAAAUGGGGCGAGGACGAUAAUAGCGUCGCGAAUAUCCAAGCCAAGAUAAAGAAAUUGGAUGAAACACUCAAGCAACUCUCCAGCCAGUUGGACCAAGAGAUGGCACAACAGUUGAAAGCGAGGAACGAGAGCGCACAGUUACUGAAUCAUUUCAGAGAACUAGAGGACGAAUCGAAGGCUCUAGAUCGAAACAUUCAAGAUAAGAAGAAGGCCCUCAAGUUCUUCACGAACCAGCUGAACGAAAACCAGCCCAAGUAUGACCAGGAGAAUCGAGCUCUGGAGGAGCUGAGGAGCAAUCUAAAGACGUUUCAAGACGCGAUCGCCGAAGUGGAGGAUGAGCUAUUCGGUCCCUGGUGUCAACGGCUGGGUUACGACAACAUCAGGGAUUAUGAAGCUCGGCAAGGCUCCCUCAAUCGACAGGCAGAUCAGGAGAGAUUGAGGUACCGAACUCAGCUCCAGACCCUCGAAAAUUACCUCUCUGCCGAUACUUUGAAGCUAGGUUCUUACAACUAUCGAAUCAACACCCAAGAAGCCCGUAUUAAGAAGGAGCAAGACGAGAUUGCAAGGUCCGAAGUUGAGAAGGAAAGCAUUCAAGAGAAGCUUGACGAAGCAAAAGCCGAACUGGAGCUACUCCAAGAGUCUCUCGACACUCAAAAACAGAAGUCCGCAGAAAAGGCAGAAGUUGUGGAAGAACAGCGGAAACAACUCCGCAAGCGCAACAAGGCUGUCGAAGGGAUCAUGAAGGAGGUCAAGGAGUUGGAAGGUGUCGUAAAGACCGAAUCCAGGGCUGUGCAUGGUCUGUUGCGCGAAUGCAGGAUCAAAGAGAUAGACUUGCCCUUGGAAGAAGGGUCUAAAGAUCUCAAUUCUCUACCUCUGGAUGAUCAUAUUCAGGAGGACGACCCUGAUGCGAUGGACGUAGACGACGAAGACCAGGACCCUGAUGCAACAAUGCAAGUGGCGGAGGUGCCGGACUACGGCAUUGAGCUAGACUAUAGCGAAUUGGACGAGAAGUUGCAGGAGAACGAGUCCCCCGAAUGCGGCGAAGAGCUUAAGGAAAAAAUCGAAACCAUGACGUCCCAACUCGAGAAAAUGAACGUCGACAUGAAAGCCGCCGAGCGCCUCGAAGCCUCAACCUCCACCGGCAAAACCGCCGAAAAGGACUACGAGGCUGCCAAAAGCGCUGCCAUCCGCGCCAAAACCCGCUUCGAGGAGGUCCAAGAACACCGCCUCGAGCUCUUCAACAAGGCCUUGACCCACAUCCAGGAGCAGAUCAAAAUCACCUACAAGGAACUCACAACCGACCACCUUGCGCCGGACGGCGGCCGCGCCAACAUCGACAUGGCCGACUCCGACGAGCCCUACCUCGCCGGCCUGACUUACAACGCCAUGCCCCCGCUCAAGCGCUACCGCGAGAUGAACGAGCUGUCGGGAGGCGAGAAGACGAUCGCGGCGCUGGCGCUGCUGUUUGCGAUUCAUAGCUUCCAGCCGAGCCCGUUCUUCGUGCUGGAUGAGAUUGAUGCGGCGCUGGAUAAUGUGAAUAUUGCGCGUGUGGCGCGGUACGUGCAGAAGCAUGCCGGGCCCGGGAUGCAGUUUAUUGUGAUUAGCUUGAAAGCGGCGCUGUUUCAGGAGAGCGAGGGGCUGGUAGGCGUAAUGCGGGAUCAGUCAAAGAUGACGAGCAGAGUUGUCAGCUUAGAUCUGCGGAAGUAUCUUCCGAACGAUGUCGCGAUCCGAGGGUGAGAUAUUAGGGGUAGGUUAGUAUGAGGAUAUGGUGAAGGGGUGGGGUAUAUAGGGAUGGGCGUGGGAGCGAGCGAUGGCGUUUGUGAGGACAGAGUACGGUUCUUCUCUUUCUUUUCAAGGUCUAGGGACGCGUGCUUCUUCACGACUUGGCCGCCCUGUUAUGAGCUCCGUAAUGCGGGUGGGAUGCGGUCUACGAUCUCCGUAAUUCGUGUAAAAUGCGUCACUUCUUCUCCAGUUAACUUCAGU